AUGACCGUGCUCAGGACGACCUCUACCCUACGGCGAGGUCUGCAAACGUCUCUCCUUGCCUCUAGGCAAUUUUCGACCACAGUCAGGCGCGAUGCUGCCUGGGGCUUCAUUGGAUUGGGAGCCAUGGGCUAUCCAAUGGCGAAGAACCUCCGAGCGAAGAUUCCUGAAGAUGACACUAUGACCGUCUUUGACGUCAAUGCCGCAGCCUUAGAGCGGUUCGCCAAAGAGGCCGAACCAAACAACGUGACGGUUGCAAAGGCUCCAAGAGAGGUUGUCGAAAACUCGGAUCACAUAAUCUCGGCGCUGCCAGAGCCACAGCACGUUAAAGGCGUCUUUGGCGAUGUCUUUGCCUCCAAGCUCCCCUCACCGCCCUCCGAGUCCUCUCGCAUCUUCAUCGACUGCUCCACGAUUGACCCAACCACAUCCCGCUCCGUAGCCACGCAGGUGACCGAACACGGUGAUGCAGACUUUGUUGAUGCUCCUAUGUCCGGUGGUGUUGUCGGUGCUCGUGCUGGGACCUUGACCUUUAUGGUCGGGGCCGACGAGAAGUUGGUGAAGAGGGUAGAGACUAUUCUCAUGUUAAUGGGCAAAAAGGUCUGGCAUAUGGGCCCGCAAGGAACUGGUUUGAGUGGCAAGCUCGCCAACAACUACGCUCUCGCGAUCAACAACAUUGGUGCUGCAGAAGCCAUGAAUUUGGGCAUCAAGUGGGGUAUCAAGCCUAAGGCACUGGCCGACCUCAUCAACUCCGCUACCGGCAAGAGCUGGCCGAGCGAGAUCAAUAACCCUGUGCCUGGUGUGCUUGAAAACUCGCCAUCAAGCCGCGACUACGAGGGAGGCUUCGGUGUAAGUCUCAUGAAGAAGGAUUUAAGACUGGCAAUGACUGCGGCAGAGGAGGCGGAUGCGAAGCUAGUGCUGGCAGACAAGGCGAAGGAGGUCUAUGAAGAGACUGAAAAAGCCCACAAGGGCAAAGACUUCUCGGUCGUGUACCAGUGGCUGACAGGUAAAUCGUAG